AGGGCACGAUGUUUCUGGCUCAGGAAAUUGGCAUCUAUGUUGGCUGAAGUCCUGCGUCUGUCCCAGCCUGGUCCCUAAUUCUGAUGAGCACCAUCUGCAAGCUGCGUAAUUAUCCGGAGAGGCUCUAAUGAUGUGCUAGUCUGCUAGUACUGAACUGUAAAUGGCAUCCUUAGCUUUAGCAGGGGAAGGAUGAUUCUUAAUGAAAUUGGCCCCUGCAGUAUCUCAGACGAACAAAGCUGUAACUUUUUAAUGAUCUCUUGAAGACAAGUCACAGUUUUAUAAUUAUUUCCAUCUCUGAAUAUACAGGAGUAUCAUUCCAUUUUGGUCCCAAAGGGUUUUACCCUGUUUUCUUCCAGAAAUUGCUUAGCAGUUGGGAUUGCCAUGUCCGUAGUGUUUAUUUUAGUCAUCGUAGACAUAAAUGCUUUUUACCCAUAUUAUUUCUGUGCUAUUUGACUACCAGUAAGUGCAUUUGCAGCAUUUCAGCUGAUAUUUAUUAAUGAUGGGUUGCACAGUCUGACCUACUUUUCUGUGCACUACGACAGUGAAUGUAACCCCUUGGAAGACAAAUGAGAAAACUGACGGAAAUACUGAUAUAAAUGAUUCAGGGAAGACUAUAUGAUCAAAUACUGUUGAUUAAUAUAAUAAAGCUGUAUCACUGAAUCUAAUGAAAAGUAAAAAAUUUGCUUUAAAUAAAUACAUCAUGUGUGCUGUUCAGAGGAUGGGGAAAAUAACAACCAUUUCUUUGUUCAAACCAAAAUUAGAGUGGCAUUUUUCAUGUCAGAAAAUUAUUUUCCAUGCACUUAAAUAGUGUGAUUUUAGAAUUAUAAACAUCUUGUGGUUACCCCAAGAACUCUUUGUAUCACCUUCAUUCAACAAAUAGAGAAAAUUUAUUUUUUAGAGAAAUUUGAGAGAGUUUGAUUUCUAAGAGCAAUUUUUUUUUUCUUCCUGCUAGUCAAUUCUGUCACAUUUGUGCAAAACAACCAACCAACAAACCCCAAAACCAAACAACCCAAAAGCCAAACCAAACAAAAAAAGUCCCCCUUUCAUUUCCUCUCUGGUGCUGUGGUAUUGCAGAUGCUUGUCCAUUCCUUUCCCACCUCCUUUGGGGAACUUUCAUCAAAGGUGAUUGAAAGGCAUAAGCAGAAGGAAUAGUACUUCACCUUAGACAGGUUAUUGGAUAUCUUGCAUGUUCCUCUCUGUCACCGUCUGCGAGAAUGCUUGUUGGGCAGUGCAGCCAGUCUCCUUGUACACACCAGUUGCAGUAUGUGUAGAGAAAAAAGAUAGCAAGACUGAAGGUACUGGCGUCUCUUUUCAGCCUUAGCGCUUCUGCUUUGGUCUCUUAAAGUAGUUGCAAGUCAGGAGUGUAUGAAGUAGCUCUUGACUUAUACUCAGGUGGUAAAAGAGAUUAAAAUGACAAGAUUUCUCGAAAAAAAACCAUGUUCUCACCCUGCUGAGAUUAGCUGGAUGUCUCUGGGCACUUGUGUUUUAGCCUUCAUGGUCCUGACUGUCAGGAACAUUUGGCUUCCAAGCUAGAUACCACAAAAGCUGAAAAGACAGUCCUCUGAGCAGAUGCAGACUCUGAAGUAUGCAUGUCCUUCCAGAGGUGGACAGAAAUUUUGAAAAGCUGUAGGUUUACUGUCCAGUAGAGAUUAUGAAAUUUGGAUUUAUUACUUGUAUCUACCCUUUACAUACAGGCAUGUGAAAAAUUUAGAUACCUCAAAGACAUUGAUAAAUACAUUUUAUCCAAAGAUAAGGGGUGGAAAAAAGAUUACAACUGCUUUCACAAUAUUCUUGGUCAUUCCCUUGUAAGGAGAGAAAAAUGCCACAUAUCAUUGUGAAGGUUGGUUAAAUAGAUUUUAUUUUGAAACUGGUGAUUCUGCAAUAUAUGCUUGGCAAGGGCUUUUUAAUUAACAGAGAGUAGUUAUUCCAAGAAGACUGUCAAAGUUUGUGCAUACUUUGCUGACCAUGCCAAGUGGAGAAAGAAAAUCAGAAUUUGAGUAGUGGCUAAUUUGUCCUCAUCUGAGAGCUUCAGCACUUUUAAAUUACACAUCAGCUCUAAGGAUGUCUUUUGUUUUGUAAACAGUCCUCUGGUGGAUUACUGUUUAUUUGCAAUUUCACAGUUCUUGUGUAUUAUUGUGGUGGACCUUCUCUGUUCCUCAGAGUUAAAUGUGUAUACAUGUUCCCUCAGCUUCUCUCUAGCAGUUGUCUAGAUGCAUGUUUAGCUUAUCAAGUUCUAAAUAUUUCAGAAAACUGAGAGCAGAAUACAGUUUAUAGUGGCUUAUGCGACUUCGAUGGUGUCUUUCUGAUUUUUGUGAAGAACUUUAUAAACAUGGUUGCUUACUGUUUUCCCUCAGGUAAAAGUAGAUGCUUGUUUUGGCAGAGCUAUAGCCAUAUCUCCAUUUUAAUAGACCUAUUUUAUAAUUACAGAGUUGUAGAAUAAUUCUUGUUUGAGAGGACCUAAGCUUAUCUAGUCCAACCUGCUAAUCAAAGCAGGGUUAGAUGUGAGGUCAUUGCAGGUUGUUCAGGGUUUUAUCAGUUUGAGUCUUGAAAAACUUCAGGGAUUGAGGCUGUACAACAUAUCUGGGCAGCUUUCUGCACUGAUGGGUUGUUCUCAUGGUGGAGAAGUUUUUCCUUGUAUCACAUGUGAUCCUUUCAUUUCAGCUUAACACCUACUGGCUUUUGUUCUCCCACACUGCGCCAGUAUGAGGAGCCCAGCUCCACCUCCUCGAUGCCUUCCUGGAGUGACAAUGACAAAUAUUGGAGAAAAAGUUGUGUGCCUGGUUGCUUACCACAUAUUUUUCAUGCUGUUCGUCUGGUCAUAUUGGAAAACAAUCUUUACGCUACCAAUGAAUCCUUCAAAAGAAUUUCAUCUAUCAUAUUCAGACAAGGAAUCCCUAGAGAGAGAGCCUAGAGGUGAAUCCCAGCAAGAAGUCUUAAGACGGGCAGCCAAGGAUCUUCCUAUCUAUACACGGACAAUGUCUGGAGCAAUCAGAUACUGUGACAGAUGCCAUCUUGUAAAACCAGAUCGUUGUCAUCACUGUUCUGUAUGCGACAAAUGCAUUUUGAAAAUGGAUCAUCACUGCCCUUGGGUGAACAACUGUGUAGGAUUCUCCAAUUACAAAUUUUUUCUUCUCUUCUUGGCUUACUCGCUAGUGUAUUGCCUUUUCAUUGCUGCAACAGAUUUACAGUACUUUAUCAAGUUUUGGACAAAUGGCCUUCCUGAUACUCAAGCCAAGUUCCACAUCAUGUUUUUAUUCUUUGCUGCAGCUAUGUUUUCUGUCAGUUUGUCUUCUCUCUUUGGGUAUCACUGUUGGCUUGUCAGCAAGAAUAAAUCCACAUUAGAGGUCUUCAGAGCUCCCAUAUUUCGUCAUAGAACAGACAAGAAUGGCUUUAGCUUGGGCUUCAGCAAAAACCUAAGGCAGGUGUUUGGUGAUGAGAAGAAAUACUGGUUGCUGCCUGUGUUUUCAAGUUUAGGGGAUGGUUGCUCCUUCCCAACUUGCCUUGUUAAUCAGGAUCCUGAGCAAGCUUCCACACCUGGUGGUCUUAAUUCAACAUCCAAAAAUGAGAACCAUCUGUUUCCUGCAAAGCCACUGCGUGAUUCCCAGAGCCACCUACUUACAGAUACACCUUCUUGGUCAGAAACUAGUGUAAAGGCUGAAAAGGGCAAAGUUGGUAUGAACAAUCCUGCAUUAACCAUGGAAAAUGAAACCUAAUUUCUCUUAAAAGAAGCAUCUGAAUAUGUAAGGAAAAGUUUAAGAACAAGCCGUCAUUGGAAGGAAGAUGGAUUCUUCCAAAUUCAGCCCUGUUGGUCAGCUGUUCCUGUCUGCUCCUGUAUGGAUGUGCUCAGAAAACAAACCAACAGAUGAUUAACUGUCUCUAUGUCAGUGCUUGAAAUACAAAACUAGACAUACUACUUCUGAACCAGACAAAGAAUUUUUCAACUUAAAAUUACUGUGUUCGAGUGGUGAAGGAUGAGUGAAUAUUAGGAAAUGAAAAAAAUAGGAGGCUGAGUUUACAAAUGGCUGGUUUUACUUUGAUAUUCAGCACAAGAAAAAUGUGACCUUCUUACGUAUCAGUCCAUGUUCUUGCCUUGGUUUCACCUUUUAAUUCAAAUUGUUGUAAGUAGUUGACUUUAAAAUCAAAUUUUUGCACUACUGCCCUUAUGAAUUCCUUAUGAAUUGGGAGAACACCCAGUGUGGAUUGGAGGACUGUAUUUUUAUGAAUAAUUUAGUGGCUUGGUGGACUGUAUUUUCUUUUGAGUGUUUGAUAAGCAGUUUUUGAAGAUAAGAAGACCCAAGUGAAAUGUCUAUUUUUGGAACAUAUUUUUGGCAAACAUUAUUGCAAAAGCUCCGUUUCCCCUCAGAUCUGCACUACGAAUAGUUUGAAAAGUUAUAAAGCGGAAAAAAAUUCUUUGUUAAUUGAAUGCUACAGUGGGUCACUGCUCAGUGCUGUGAUAAAAAGCCUGUAUUCAGAUGGGUAGUACAUAAAUGAAACUGGCCAGCUGAGGAUUUUGAUGGGAGCUGCACAAGAUAGUGCUAUGAAAUGGGGAUUUUAUUGUCCCAUUUGGAGCUCUUAACUGCUUUGGGAAGUGAAUGUUGGCACUGAACUUUAAUCCAAAAGGCUUUUUACCAACCUGUGUUCCUGAGGGCCUCUGUCUUUCAAGCUCCUAGUUUCUUAUUAUCAAUAUUUGUGUCAGAUUUCUUUUUAAUUUUUCUUCAAGACACUGCCUUUCUUACUGUAUAAUUUAAUGGAUAUCAUGUACAAUCAAGGAGACUUAUCACAAUGACUUGUGAUAUUUGCAUUUACAGGACAACAUACUUUUGAUUGCAAUACCAAAAAGCCAAGCUGCUGCACGUAGGAAAUCCCCUUCAAUAAAGUUAGGAGCUAGCAGCUUUCUUAGCAUCAGAGGUUACUGGCCAGGUAAUAAAAGACACAUUAUCAGUUUUCAAAGUCAAGGAAGUUUCAGCAACACAAAUCUAACUGUCUUGUGCCUUUUGUAUACACUACAUUUAUAGUAUCAGUGUUUACAUUUUAAUGCAAAUUGUUAUUCUGAAAACAACUUUAGGAGAAACUUAGUUACGCUUUCUAGGUGGCUAGGUAAAAGGACUAUUCAAAAAAAAAAGUGAAAACCUCUCAGACUAAGCUCAGCUCAGUUGAAACAGAAAAGUGCUUCUGUUGUCAAACCUGAGUCUCUUAGCAGGUUGGUUCACAGUGUAAAGAUGCCAGUUGUUUGUUUAGAAAACUGGCAGCAGGACUAAGUGACAUAAUUCUGAAAGCAAAGAAUACUAUCAUUAACUCUUUUACAGGCAGGUAACUUUAAAAUUUUUCUUUCUUGGGUUUACAACUGAAGUGAUAGCUAGUGGAGCACAAAUGUGGCUUUUUUUUUCUAGUGAGGAAAAAUGUAUUUAUUUUACUUUUUUUUUUUUUAAUCUCAAUAUUUUACCAGCCUGAAAACAUCUGUUUCUUGCCAGAAGUGCCAGAAUGUGGAUCCCUUGAUGUAGAACACUUUUUCUGAACUAGCAUGAAGGUAGCAUACAGUUUACAUGAUGCCUGCAGAGGUCUAGCAACCAAAAGAUUUUUUGCAGCUAUUUAUUCAGUAUUGUUCUGUCAGCUUACCUCGUAUUUAUGUUUGUUUAAAGGUGAACUUGUUAAGGGAUAAGGGGGAAGAGGGAAAAUAUAUUUUUUAACACUUCAGGUUCUCUAUAUCUGUAGAGUCUUGUUUUUUACGCAGUUAGUCACAGGGUGGUUUGUCAUGGAGCAUGCAUUUAAAAAUACCGAGUGAAGAGUUGAAAUUCAGCUUCAGUGUAACUUGCUCCAUAUUUUUAUGUAAAGACGAAAGAUUUCUUCCCCAGCAAAACACAUCAAGGAAAUGGAUCUCUCUAAUACAGAUGUCAGUCUCUGUGAGAGCUCUCAGUAAGGCUGGGGAUCAGUGUAGAGAAAGACCAGGGAUAAGGGAUCAAGAAAUGCCUGGCUUCUCCGUGUCUCAGAAGUCACACUUGGAAAGCACAAUAGCCCUAAGUAAUCUGCAGCUUCGAUGCAGCCAGAGGCUGUCCCCCUAGCAGAAAACUGAUGGAGGCAUGGGAAACAGAUGUUGAUGAAGGGAGGAGAAGUGGAAAGAGGAAGGAUGAUAGCUCAGAGGUAAACAUUGAGCAGAUCUGAGCCAGAGGGUUGUUGCCAUAUCUGCUCUCUGGAUGGGUAUGAGUUGUCUCCAUGAAGAGCACUGUCAGCAGGCUUUUGAGGGUUCCUGUCUGUGUAGAUAUGGACAAAAGUGAGCUAAUCAUGCUCUGAAAGUAUAAUUUCUGAUGAUAUGACUAUGUUCUUGGCUUUAAGCUCUCUAAUACUUCCUAUAACAAAGUGAAAUGCUCUUUAUGACAUAUUGAGCACUGUCAGUGUUAAAAUGCACACAGGAGAAUUUGUGUGGAGGGGGAGCAAGGAUGCAAUGUUGUUUGUCUGCUUACACUGAUUCUCCUGUCCUUUAUAUUCUUGCUAGGCACUUUACUACAGCCUUUUGUGUAAUUUCUGUAUAUUUUUUUUAAGGACUGCUUUUUACCUACUAUACAGUUACUAGUCUACUUUUUUGCUAAAAAGAAAAUAAUAUCCCUGAUAUCUGUGAUUUGUCUAGUAGUAGGACUGCGUUUCAAGCUUUAGUGGAAAUUGGACGAGUUCUACAGAGUCCUCAGAUGGGCCUGAAUCCCUAAUGACAAGAGUUAAAUUUAUUUUGUAUAUAUGUAAACAGUGGUAUAAAUCAUAGCUCCCUACAUGCAUAAGUAGCUUCUUUAAUUUGUAGGUUAGAACAAAUCCAAAACAUGUCUGCACCAGAAGUGGUCCACACCAUACUCUGUGUCAGUUGAUGGACUGGUGAUGGAGUGCUCAAAGUCUUCACAGAGAGUAAUUUUUAUUAAGAAAAUGGAACACAAUGUUGGUGAGCUCCUCUCAUUGAGCAAUCAGACACAGCUGGUGCUAUGCAAUUGAAUUCUUCAACUUGAGAGAAAAAACACUGUCCGGUUUACAUUGCAGACAAAGUUGUUUAGCAGACUAAACGUAAAUGAAUGAAACACAGAAUCACAGAAUUGGUUAAGGUUGAAAGGGACCACGAUUGGGGUCAUCUGGUCCAACCUCUGUGCUUAAGCAGGGUCUUAGACUACAUUGCACACGAUUGCCAUGGUGGUUCUUGAGUAUCUCCAGUGAAGGAAACUCCAGAAUGGUUCAGUAAACAAGUUUGUUUUAAUGCAUGGAAUGCUAUAGCUGGUUUUAAUAAUUAUUUGGAGAGGUCUUGCCCUGAUUCAGUUGACUGGUGUCCUGGAGGUGGGGGAAAUAUAUUUCUACAUAAAUUUAGUGUAUAACUUUGCUACUUGUUAACGUAUUGCUCACAUAAAUAAAUGCUUCUUGUUCAGCA